AACAUAGUUGAAGAAUUAGAUAUCCUUAAGGAGAUACUAACGAUGUUUCAUUCAGUUAAACGUCUAUUUUCCACGUCUGUAGUGGGAUUGUAUGCUUCUGCAGUUCCGAACGUAAGGGCUGGUAACGCUGCUCGACAAAAAGUACAUCCAAUACUUGCAUCCAAAGUAUUUAUAAAGUCAGAUGCUGGAACUCGUAAAGCAAGAACAUUAAGAAGAAAAGAAAAGAGAUUAAAGAAACAAAUCAUAAGAGAUGUGAAUAAUCUUAAGAAAUACGAACAAAAGAAUUUAAAUUUUGCAGUUGAUCCAGUACUUGGACAUGCUAAUGGUUUCAUGACUAGAAUAAAGAAAGAAGUUCAAAAUGCUGAUACUCGUCUUGCUGGAGGGUAUGAUAGAGAAGAAUUUGAAAAAUUAGUUUAUGGUGCUGAAAAAUCUGCCUUAGAUAAAAGUAAAGGAACUACUGUAUUACAUGAAGCUGUUAAAUUAGCUGAAGAAAGAAAGAAGAGAGCAUUAUUAACUAUUCUUCAUUUAAGAAAUACUAGUGAAUCAGACAAGAGAAAAUUAGCCAUUAAAUUAGCUCGUGAAGAAUUCAGAAGAGAAGAAGGUGAUACUGGAUCACCUGAAGUUCAAUCAGCCAUCAUGACUGUUAAAAUUCAUUUCGCUAUGGAACAUGUUAAAAAUAAUCCAAAAGAUCAUCAAUAUACCCAAAAGGUUCGUCAUUGUGUGCAACAAAGACAAAGAAUCUUGAAGUAUUUAAAGAGAGUCAAACCACAAUCAUAUUAUCUUACCAUUGCCAAAUUAGGAUUAACUGAUGAUGUUGUUACUAGAGAAUUCAAUAUGGGUAGACAAUAUUUUGAAGAUUAUAAAGUUUGGGGUGAUAAGAAAUUAAUUAAACUUUCUGAUAAACAACAAGCUAAGGUUGAUAAAUUCAGUUCAUUACGUAAAAGGGUUCAAGGUUAUCAUGAAUUGGCUAAGAAAAAUAGCGAAAUCAUUAAGAACUUGCAACAAGAGAAGAAACAAUUAAAGGCUAAAAAGGUUGCAAAGCAACCUAGUACAUAAUAAAUAUUACUUGUAUAUAAAACACACACACAUAUUUACCAUAGAUCAUCAUUAGUACAUAACAUUUUUUUAA